UGCGCUCCAGGAGUGGUUCCUCUCUAGAGGUGGGGGCUGGGCUCGAGCUGACACCGGAGGAGGUUGAGGCGGCAUGGAGAGGUCUUGGGGCAGCAUCAACGCCUCCGAGCGGAGCUGGUACGUCUCCGCGCGGCGGGAGCAGGGAGAGGAGACGGAGGAGGAGGAGGAGAAGGAGCACGAGGAGGCGACCCCUUUGCUCCGCAGCGAGAUUCAGAGUCAGGAAUGUUCAGGUGUUUCUUUUAGUUUCUCAGUGUUUAACUUAAUGAAUGCCAUCAUGGGAAGCAGCAUCCUUGGUCUAGCCUACAUUAUGGCCAAUACAGGUAUUAUUGUAUUUAGUAUUAUGCUGUUGAUAGUUGCCAUCAUGGCUUCUUACUCAGUUCAUCUCCUUCUUACUAUGUGUAUUCAGACAGCUGUCACAUCUUAUGAAGACCUUGGCCUUUUUGCAUUUGGAUCAGUUGGAAAGGUGGCUGUGGCAAGUACAAUAAUUAUUCAGAAUAUUGGAGCAAUGUCAACUUAUCUUUUAGUUAUUAAAACUGAACUUCCUGGUGCAAUUUCACAGUUUCUAACUGAUGACUGUAGCAGAUCAUGGUAUCUUGAUGGAAGAAUACUGUUGAUAAUUAUAUGUGUCUGCAUUGUUUUUCCCCUUACACUUCUUCCUAAGUUAGGCUUUCUUGGCUACACAAGUAGUUUAUCAUUUUUCUUUAAGGCGUUCUUUGCUCUUGUGGUUAUAGUGAAAAAAUGGUCCAUCCCUUGUCCACUGACACUCAGUCAUAAAGAGGAAUUCUUCCAGAUUUCAAAUAUCACAGAAGAUUGUAAACCAAAAUUUUUUCACAUCUCCAAAGAGAGUGCUUAUGCCAUUCCAACUAUGGCAUUUUCAUUUCUCUGCCAUACUUCAGUAUUGCCCAUAUAUUGUGAGCUUCAAAGGCCUUCUAAGAGUCGAAUGCAGAAUGUAACCAAUACAGGGAUUGCUUUAAGUUUUCUCGUUUAUUUUUUAUCAGCAUUAUUUGGAUACCUCACUUUUUAUGAAAAAGUGGAAUCCGAAAUAUUACAGGGUUAUAGCAAAUACUUGCCACAUGAUGUUGUUGUCAUGGCUGUAAAGUUAUGCAUACUGUUUGCUGUGCUCUUGACAGUCCCUCUAAUCCAUUUCCCUGCAAGAAAAGCAAUAAUAAUGACAUUUUUUCCUAAUCACCCAUUCUCAUGGAUUCAUCAUGUGUUGGUCACUUUAGCCGUCAAUACUAUCAUUGUUUUACUUGCACUAUAUGUUCCUGACAUUAGAAAUAUAUUUGGUAUAGUUGGUGCCAGUACAGCAACGUGUUUGGUUUUUGUGUACCCAGGAUUAUUUUAUCUUAAACUCAGUAGAGAGGAUUUUAUAUCACAGAAGAAGCUUGGGGCUUUAGUAUUACUACUCUUUGGAAUUCUUGUUGGGAGUUUGAGUUUUGCUCUCAUCAUUUUCGACUGGAUUAAUAAAUAAAAGAAUUAUUAUUCUUAACUCCUACGAAACAGUUGAUAGGAAGAUUACCAGCAAGACAUGUGUAUUGUCAUUGAACUCAGCUGAUUAUGGACUAUAGAAGACAUGCAGUUGUUUAUUCAUUCAGUCAUGUCCAGCUUUUCUUGGGAAAAACACAAUUGGUUUGCCAUUUUCUUUUCUAGUGUGUCUCCAUU